AUGGAUCGUUCCAUAUUCAGCAGUACAGAGUUACGAUUGGCAAGAGAACGGCGUCUAAAGUUUCAAGGCACAGCAAAGAUCAAUAUCAGCCAAAUAUCCCUACCUUCCGACUACAAACAGGACAAUGUAGAGAGGCUGCGCCACAUCUUUGAGAGUGAUGAUUGCGACCGAUUAUCAUUGCCAAACCAUGUCGUUGCGACCAUCUCGAGAGAACACCUCAUGAGCGCCCUGAGUGGCAACCAGGUAAAUGCAGCCUCUUUGAUGAGUCAGCCGUCUGAUAGCUACAUCGCCCUGGAGUUUCCGAUUGGACAGGUGACGUGCCUGCACGGACAGCACCGCUUGAGAGCGGGGAGGGAGUUCUUGGCACCCUAUGACCAGUGGUGGACGGUCGAUCUAUAUUUAGACGGUGGGUCUAGAUUCCUCGUCAUUGUCACUGGGGUCUGA